GGAGGAUGAAGACCGAAAUAGCUUACGUUGAAUAACAUAAACACGUAAUAAUGGCGGCGUAUGGAGGAAGCAUGUAUUAAGACGGAGAGCAUAUGAAUGAAAUAUGACAGUGUGGCAAUAAUCAUGCAGCCAUUGAAUAACGAAAAUUGCAUUAGUAACGCCGAAAAUACGUAACUAAGAAAUUAUUUUUUUUCGGCUUCAUGGGUUGGGUAAUCAAGCCUGAUCUUGCCUACGUAAGGUUUCAGGUUCAUUGAGUAAUACCGUUAUUGAUCGUUUAUCCUUCAUCCUACCCAGGUUGAUUCAAGUUUUAUUCGCUGAACAAUAAGCGCAGGAACUCGAUUUUGUCUAAGGGGACUAGCAGCAAGUCUGACUUCAAAUCACAGAUGUAAGGAAGUAUUACUGACGACGGCUAGGAAUGUUGGCAGGAUGGCCAGGUAAACGUCUAUUGAACCGUAUUCAAGAUCCUGUGGUGUCGAAAGGGAAGCCCGUGAAGCCAGAGGUGGGUAGGUGGAGAUCGUGGAGAUAUAUGCAGGUCUGGUAACAAAUGGGAAGUUGGAAAACGGAAUAGGUAUUUACAUAGUUUGUCUUUGUUUGUGGCAAAUGUAUAUUUUCGUGAUGAAGUGUGAAUGUUUAACCGUUUAUUCAGUGGGAUUAAGAGUUUUGUCAUGAGUUCUACAAUAAAGCCUGAUGUGGUAUUUGUUCUUGGAGCACCUGGUGCUGGCAAGGGAACACAGUGUGAGAAUAUAGUUAAGCAAUUUGGUUUUGUUCAUCUUUCUGCUGGAGACUUGCUUCGUGAAGAGCGAAAUAAAGAAGGUUCAGAAUAUGGAGAGUUGAUUGAAGAGACCAUCAGAAAUGGAAGGAUAGUUCCUGUUGAGAUUACUUGUAGCCUGAUUGAAAUGGCAAUGAAGAAAUCUGGGUCCAAUAAAUUCUUGAUUGAUGGCUUUCCAAGAAAUAAAGAUAACUUGGAUGGCUGGAACAGACAGAUGGCUUCUAAUGUGAAUCUCCUUUUUGUUUUAUUUUUUGACUGUCCGCAGGAGGUAUGUGUAAACCGAUGUUUACAAAGGGGUGCAGGGGGAAGUGGCAGGUCAGAUGAUAAUCCUGAAAGUCUAAAGAAACGAUUCCAUACAUAUAUGAAUGAUACAAUGCCAAUCAUCCGUUAUUAUGAAGAGAAGAAUUUGGUGAAACAUGUGGACGCAGGGGGCACUCCAGAUGAGAUUUUUGAGGCAGUGAAAGCCAUAUACCAGAAUAUGCCACCUUGCAAUUAGAGGAAGUUGGAAGAAAUUUGGAAGCAUGUUAGGUAUGAAGAGGGAAUAUAAACAGCAGCAGCUGUAAAGACAGGGACAAUUUUUUUAUGUCUUAUGAGAUAUGAAUUAUGAUCCUCACUUUCACAAACAUUGAAAUAUUGUCAUGAAUGCUGUAAAUAUAUAUAUGUAUACAUAUAAAACAAACACACACACACACAGAACAAUUCUGUCCAUCUCAAGGUUAUUUGUUAAGGCAACAACAGCGGAAUUGUAGAGCUAUGUAAAAUUAGAGACAUGUACUCUUAAGUCUGUAGUUCAAGUCUUAAAGAGACAUAACUAACCAGAAAACACUUUGAUGUAUUGAACAUAAUUUCUCUUAUUCAUAAGGUGAAGUAUUGUCUUGUAUUAGGACAUGAAAAGGGGUCAGUUAACUGAAUUAGGAAACAUCUGUUUUUCUUGGCUAAAUUAAUUCAUUCAAAAAAUCAUGUUUUUGCAUUUUAAUAAUGGACAUGUUGGCAUGAUGUGAAAGGUAGUAGGUUGUACACUUUCAUUUGAUGGAAGAGCUUUCAAACAAAUGUCACUAAUCUUAAACAUUAGGUAAAUGGGUAUGACUUCUGCCAUGUAGGGUUGAAGUAAAUCCUAAUAUUUGAUGGCCCCUGUGUUAAACUAUGUACUGAUAAUCAGACAUGAGAUCUAAAAGGCUACUGAGAGCACUAUGUUUAUUUUGACUGCAAAUCAUCAAUCUGUUAUGCUGAUAGCAUACUAUCAGCAUGAAGCAUAUGGACAGACAUCAGCCAUAUGUAAUGACUUAAGCAAGUGUAAAUGCUCAUGUGUUGUGAUGGAAGCCAUGCCAUGUGUCUGUUUGAAUUAGAAGUAUAGAUCAAUUGCCAAGCAAUAUGUGAAGGGGCUGAUUAUGUGAUUAAUUACUUAUAUCUGUUUAAACAGAAAUUUGUACUUAGGUAUUUGGAAGUAAAAAAUACGGUAUUUAAUUAAUGAAAUUUCACAUACUUGUUAUAUAAAGGAAUGCAUAAAUUGUGAGUAAAUACUGUAAAUAAUGACUGAAAUCAUUUGAAUUUUGUUCCUACCAGUGUAAAAUGUUGUAUACAGUAUGCAUAAAGUUUAAGAGGUUACUUUCCAUUUACUCUUUUAAAGGUGCAUUUCUACAUUCAUUUUAUGUUUUGUCAGGAUUAGAUUUUCAGAGAGUUGGUUGGUUUUACAAAACAGUAUUUGUUUUCAUUGUAAACAUUUUAAAAUAUAUUUCUCAAAAUCACUGAAACAGUUGUGGGAACAUCCCACAUAUCACGCUAUUUCUAUAGUGCUCACUUUUUCACCAUCACGCACGCUAACCAAUCAAACUGCUUCCAACGUCUGCAUUUAUACAGCGCUUGCUGCUAGCCCACAUCCACAUCAUUACGCGUGCUAGCCAACCAGCGCUCAGCAAAUUUUCGCUCUGCCAUCAUGCAUUGUAUAAAAGGCAGAGCACAAGCUCCGAUCAGCAGUCUUCAAGCAGUCUUCAAGCAGUCUACAAGCAAUCAGCACACUUCGUCGCCAGCACUCGGUCUUCGGAGGCAUCUGCACUUCGAUUCGCCAAGCACGACUGCCUCGGCUGUCCGGCGGUCACACCUGACUCACUGGGCAACUCGGCCGCCUCGAUUCGCCAGUAGUCAUGCCCGACACACUGGGCAACUGGCGUAGCUACCGCCUCUCCACACCUGCAAUCACGCUCAGCAAGCAAACGUUUUCCAGCAACCAAGCAACCUCCAGCAACGGCCACACUGUGGCUAGUCAACUGAUUCAGCCACCUCAACACCGCAACCAACGUCCCUUCCUACUGGCGCGCGCUGCGCUACUUCACCGGCCAAGCAUCUCGGCAACCAACGGUCCUUUUCAUGACCUACAAACUGUUCCGAAGAAGUGGGUUGUCAUUGAAGUAACAACAAAACAAAAACCCCACACAGUCUUACUGAACAACCGUGUUGUGUUAGUUCCUGUAAUGUGAAUAUACUCAUAGUGCAGAUAAAGGUAGUACUGGAAAUGUUUAAUAAUGAUAAUAAUAUUGUGACAUAAUGGCUGAAAAGGCCAGAAUAGUGUAGCCAAAAGAGAGCUGUUCCUAUGCAGUUGCUGGGUAAACAUGUUCGCUCUGUAAUGAAUUAACAAGCAACAACUGAGGAACUGUUGGAAACAGUGUCUUCUCUGCAGUCCAUGCCGAGGCUAUGUAAUAGGGACCUAAGCCAGUCAGUUGCAGUUCAAAGUUAAUUUUGAGAUGGUUGCCUUCCAGCAAGAACAUGAACACAGAAGCAAAGGAAUACCCAUUUUUUGGAGCCAAUACCCAACAAUGCCUGGUGAAGACAUAGAAGCAUUAACAUUUGAAUUAGUGAUUUGUAGAGUGUGUAGAUCUGUGAAGCUGUUACAAUUAACUGUAGUAACUUUGAGCAUUCAUUAAAUACAGUUAUCAGUCCAAAUCCCAUAUCAAGUUACAUGUGACAAUAUGUAUGGAAUUAUCUGGUGCACCGAUUGAACUGUUAAGUUAAAAAGUGUUAUCACUUCAGAAACACUGAAAAAUUAUUUAUGCAAUUGUAUGCUUUAUUUGGAAAAUUUGGUGUUUGCAGUUUUGUUAAGAAUAAUGACAUGCAUGUAGCUGUAAUGCAGCCACUGUUAACUGUUUGCCAGAAUAAGAUGCAGAUUGGAUGAUAGAUACAUGUGCGAAAGUGCUGUACUGAUACCCAGAACUCUGUAUUAUGCAAUGGAACUUAAGUUUUAUGUCUUAAUUAUUAUUCUGGUCCUGAUGAAAGGUUCACAUGAAUGACUCCAAAGUCCAAUUGAUUUUACAUUUCUUAUAAUUUGUGCUGUUUCAUUUUGAAACUUAAAAUUAGUUUUCAUUUUAUGUUCCAAAAUAUAAACUCCUUUUGAAUGUUGCAUUACAUAUCUAACUUGAUGUUUUAUAAUGUUGUGGAAGAGGAACAAGGAGUGAUGGGGGCAUAGCCAGACCUGCGUGUGCCUCUGUAUCUGCUGAAACAUCAAGACUGUUGCCCCCCCCCCCCUUCUCUAAACUGCUAGAGAAAUGUGAAAGGUACAACGCACAACAUUCUCAGAGUUACAACAGGCUGCAAAGCCUGGACAGAAGACAGGCUUAAUUGAGUAGCAGAAGAGAAGUUUAUUCAAUGCAGGCAGAGAGAAGACAAAAGAAGAGGACAUUGUAGUGGCACUAUGGUGAAAUAAAUGAGUGGACAAUGAAGAACUGACACGAUGAUCAUAAGUGACUGCUGGCACAACAGUAACUGCUCCAAAUAAUCAUCAGUGUUACAGUAAGAAGCUUUUGCAUCCAUUUGGCCAUAGUUGCAACCUGUAUCAAGUUCACAAUCACUUGCUGACAAUUUAAUAUUUAUUUGAAAUUGUGUGUGUAAUUAUUAUUAUUAUUAUUAUUAUAUUUUACACAAUGAGUUACACCGUUGAUUUUCUUUUAUGAACAUAACUCAGAUAUGAAUAUGCUUUGCUAGGGAUUUACACACUCAGUUCACACAGAAUUUAAUUUAGUAUGGUAAGUUACUAAAUAUCAAUGGGGGAGACGAAUGCGUAUAGGAUAUUGGUGGGAAA